CUUGGUUGACAUGUAGCAAAUGCCAUUGCCCGGAAUACGUUCCAUGCUAAUGAUCAAUUUAUAAUUAUUCUUGUUGAUACGAAACUUUAGUAUGGAUAAAAUUGCAUUUGAUCAUACGGAUGAAGGGUCAUCAUUGAAUUGUAAUGAAGAUAAAACUGAGAAUGGAUCGGAUAGCGCAUGUCCUUCCUCGGUUAGAGGGAAACCUAAAUCGGGUAGGAUAUGGAAAUCUCAAAAGUUACGAUUUGCUUCUAUUAAGAAAAGUGUACAAUGUAAGAAGUCAUCACAGCAACACGCAUUUCGAGAAGAAAUCAAGCAUAUCAAGGAACUAUCACGAUCUAUAAAGGAAACAAGGCGACGUGAAAAUGAUAUCAAACGUUUGAGACGCGAAGAAAACAAACGCAGAAGGAUUGAAAAUGAACGUAAGUCGGAAAUCGUACAAGUUAUCAAAAAUCCUGCAAAACUCAAAAGAAUGAGAAAGAAACAGCUGCGAAUGAUUGAAAGACGGGACAUCAGUAAAUUAAAUGUCGUCUAAUGCAUUACCCAAGACAAUAAACAAUUGGACCGUCAUGUA